ACUGAAAAAAACCGGCUAGGAUCACGGCUUUAGGAUCACCUUAAGAAUCUCAUACUAGUGAACUAUGGAAUCUUGAUUACAAAACAUAAUAGGAAUUGUGUAAAAGUAUUUGUAUGCCAACAUCUUCUGUAAAAACCAAACGGAUUUUUAGUAUAACUGAGAAAAUAUCUGAUAGAAAAUUAAGAAUAGAAGUAAAAAUAUGCAAAUUUUUCUGAAAAAUCAUAAAUUUUAAGGCUCUUGCCUCAAAAUAUAUGAUUGCUAAAUACAAUUUAUAAAUUCUUUUAUAGUUAUUAUAAUAUAAUUAGAGAGAUAAAGCUUAUAUUUUUUCAAGCAAAUUUUCAAGAGACUUCGAGUUAUAGCAGUUUUGUCAUUGACAUUGACAAAGUGAAAGGAAUUGUAAUUUUCUUGAUUGCUUGAUAAGAUAUAAAUUAAAGCGACUAUGUUAUGAUUUGUAAUCGUAUCUGAUACAUCUGAGUGAUUGUCGCUUUUUUAAACUCGUAAUUACAUUGAAAAAUCAAUAUUAAUAUUUCGUUUUUUUCCUAUACUAAAUUAAAAAUUUUACUUUAAUGGAGUAACAAAACUGCAAAUAAAACCUUUUUUGCCAUUAUGAUUUAAAAAAAAAAACGGAAUUUAAUGAUAUUAUCGCAUGGUCCAGGACUGUUGCACCGGAUUUACUCGAGAGUGUAUCUCAAUAUGCCACCUAAAUUGGAGCUAAUCGCUGCAGCAUGCGAAAAUAUGGGCAUUGGAGCAAAUGGCAAUUUACCUUGGCGUUUAAAGACGGAAAUGGCGUUCUUCACGCGCAUGACGACUGACACAAAGGACAGAAAUAAAAGGAACGUCGUACUUAUGGGCCGGCGCACGUGGGAGUGUAUCCCCGGGAAGUAUCGACCUCUGAAGAACCGCAUAAACAUGGUGUUGACUUCGCAAUUAUUGAAUUGCGGAGACGAGGCGAUAGUGUGCAAGAGUAUACCACACGCUCUUGACGUGAUUUCAGAAAUGCAGAAUCAAGUAGAAAGGAUAUGGGUAAUAGGAGGAAGUAGCGUGUACAAGAGCGCUAUGGAAUCUCCACACUUUGGACGAUUGUACCUGACGCGUAUAAAGAAAAAAUUUGAAUGCGAUACGUUCUUUCCCCUUAUUCCGAAUGACUUCGUGUCAAUUGAGGAUCCAGCGGUACCACAAGGUACACAGGAAGAAAAUGGAAUUGAAUUUGUAUAUGAAGUGUAUGAAAGAAGAUAAACAACAGAACUACUUCUUCCAAUCAUUAAAACCAUAAAUAAAUGAG